AUGCCUUACAAGGCAGUGAGGAGACCUUCUGCCUGGUCCACCCCGCCAACAGGCCCCCUCGGCUGCUCAUCAAACUUACUUGCCAUUGAGGUGACUCCAACCAGCCCACUCUGCCCCACCGUCUCAGUCGUACUCCUGAGCCGCCGCUUCCCUCGCCUACCUCCCAUUGCAGCAUACAGCCCAGACAGAAAUCUGAUGGCAGAAGGGACGAAAUUGCGUCGACAUGCGGCUAUCUACGUUUUCUCUCAUACUUAA